CAGAGUUACCAAGUAUCAGGACGCUCUGAAAAUGACGGUGAACGUGGAAAUUAUGGAAACAGAGCUGAGAUUCCUAUAUCCUUUCAGUUAAAGUAGGGGCUGAUAAUUACAUUGUAUUUCAGCUCGCUACAUGAUUGCUACCUGCAAGAGCAGCCAAUGCCAUUUUUUCUAUUUUAUUAUGUUCACAUUUGACCUAUCAAUAUAAGUCAUUAACUUCACUUGAAGUUUGCAUAAACAAGCAAGUGGUGCACAGUGUUCCAGGCUCAGGUCUGUGGUUUAAAUUAGCUGCACACUAAAACAAGCUGGUAAUAUAUAAUUAUGGAUUAGUCAUUCUACAGUAAAUAAUUUUGAAACAGGUAGACUAUAAUGGAACCUUGACAAUGCAAUGUUAUUUAUAUUUCUUGAUGAAAGUGCCAUCAUUCUUAUAUAGGAUUGUUUGAAAAAAUAAACAGGUGCUGAAAUGAGAAUACUUCCUUUGUUUGCCCCCAUAUCUUUUUUAUUUUACACUACAGUAAAUGCAUAGAGCAACUGUGUGAAUAUAUUGGAUUUGACUGUCUGAAUAGCAAACAAGUGUGUAUUUUUAUUCGCAUGCAUUUUAUCAUAAGAAUUGUGCACAGCCUUGAUUUGUAAAUAUCACUCGGUAUGAUAGAGAGAAGAAUGAAUCUCUGCUAUUCAGUCUUGGAGAGAAAUGUGAGAAGAUCUGAAAUUAAAGCUAAUGAAGAGACUAUACUGAAUGCCAAUUACUUCACUAGGGUAAUCACAUAUUCAGUGCUGAUCCAUUUUAAUGAUAAUUUGCCAAGUUGAAACGUGUAUCCUAAUGGCGAUCAGCCUUGAAAGAGAGAACUGAGAGAUUUGAGGGUCAAAGCUGUGCCCUGAGGAAAGAAAAACACUUCAAGGGUGUAAUCUCACCUUCACCCAAUGUCUUUUCAUGCAGUUUUGCAAAUAAAACAUAUGGAUUUGUUUUCAAUAAAAGAGUGAGCCCAUGGGAUCAGAAAGGAUGGAGAUGCGAAAGAGGCAGAUGUCGGGGCAGCAGGAGCUGGUGGCGGGAGGCACAACGACGGGAACAGCGCCAGCCCGGAACGAGCAAGCUGGUCAGGGCGAACGUGCCUCUAAUGCCUGCUGUUUCUGCUGGUGCUGCUGCUGUAGUUGCUCGUGUCUCACUGUUAGGAAUGAAGACAGGGAGGAGAGGAACCGAAAAGCCUCGCACGACGUCAAAGCCGAAGACCCCGGUGACUGCGAGGAGAGUCCAAAGCCCACUAUGGAUGAAGUGUGCUCAUGGGGGCAAUCUUUUGACAAGCUGAUGCGUUGCCCAGCUGGACUUUGCGCCUUCCGUCAAUUUCUACGCACUGAGUUCAGUGAGGAGAACAUGCUCUUCUGGCUCGCCUGUGAAGAGUUCAGCAAGGAGACUAACAAGAGCAUCAUCAAGGAAAAGGCACGCCUCAUAUACGAGGACUACGUUUCCAUCCUCUCACCCAAAGAGGUAAGCCUGGAUUCACGCGUUCGGGAGGUAAUAAACAAGAACAUGCUGGAGCCCACAUCUCACACAUUCGAUGAUGCCCAGCUCCAGAUUUACACCUUAAUGCAAAGAGACUCGUACCCACGCUUCAUGAACUCCCCUGUCUACAAAAACCUACUCAAGAGCGUCUCGGAGCAAUGUCCAGAAUCUUAAAUCUCUGUGAUCCCACUCAAAUUCUCCUUUUCCCUUUCUUCUUUUUUUUGGGUUCCUUUUUUUCAUUAAGUGGAGUUUGUUUAAAAGGACCUCACUGCUUGUCCUCCCAGGGAUUUUACCACGUUAGAGAUCUGUACCUGAACAAGACACUCAGGUCUCCAGGUCACUGGAUUUUAAAACAAUGUCUCAAAUCUCCUGAGGGCUCAAUACCACAAGUACUGCUACAAAUCAACAUAGCAAGAAGCUCCAAAGGAUUAUCAGUGCAUUUUCAUAUUUUUUGAAAAAAGAAAAUUCUCUAUUUUGUUUGUGUUUUGAAUUGUAAAAUGACCUUUUAUUUUGUCUUCACUUUAAACCAUGAUGUGUUGCCUGGUAUGGGCUAUAUUAUAUCUCUAAUGGGUAAACACAUUAGAUAUAUUUAUAAAUCUGUAGUAUUUUCCACUUGUCUUAGAAAUACACCAAGAAAAGCAAAUCAUGUAACGUCUAGACAAUGCGUAUGAGAAUCACAGAUCAAGUCUUGGCAACACAGCAGCGUUAUGUGAAGGAAACUGUGUGCUAUACUGUAAUAUUUCACUACCUGUUUCCUGUCAUAAUAGCUUAGCAUGUCUAAUUGGGAAAAGAUAUUUAUUACUUCAAUGAUAUUUAUGAUAGGACACUACUUUAAAAAAUAUCUUCUGAAAAAAUCAUUGUUAAAGGCAGAGAUAGUGAGACCCUGUAUUUCUUGUAAGAAAUGAAUAUCAAAUCUUAACAUGCCCAAUCUUCACAUUUAUUUAAUGGCACAAUUCAUUUUCUUUCUCUUGAAUGGCUUGGAAAUUGGUGGCUAUGAUAUCACAGUUUACUACGAUGCAGCCUUUAGGUUAAAUCCUAUCAUCUUUGUAUUUCAGAUUUAAUUAUUUUGAAUCUUCUUGAUACUUGGUAGCAGUUAUGACAAACCCUCUAAGUUCAAAUAAUCCAUUCUUCAUUUUACCUUUAUUUUACCGGGAAGUCCCUUUGAGAUCACUUUCCUUUUUUUUUUUUAACAAGAGAGACCUGGCCAAGGUAGCAAUCAUGCAAAACUCAACCGUACGCAAAUUAAAAUUAAAAUACAGCAUACAAAGCUUGUCAAAAGUUUCGCAAAACCAUGUCUUUUAUCGUUUUCGAGACAUGCAUGUUCCUCUUGUUUACAUGCAACAAACUAGGUAAAAAGCAAAAACACACAAGAAUUGGACAGUGGAUGACUGGAAGACAGUUCUGUGGACAGUCUAAAUUUGACAAUCAACAGUGGAACUUAUGUAAAAGGAAGAACAAAAGAGAAGAUGUUAGCAGACUGCCAGUCAAACACAGAGGUGGACGUUUUAUGGUUUGGGGAUGAAAAAAAUACCAAACCAACAUGGCUAUAAUUCCGAACUUUCGCACCAUUCGUCUGGACUGCGGCUAAUUAAAACCACCAUACAACAAGAAAAUGACCCAAAGCAGACGUCCAAGCUUUGUAAGACUUAUUUAGAGAGCAAACAGUCGGUCGAAGCAUAAUCUAUCAUGGAAAUAAAUCCUAAAUUAAACCUAAACUAUAUUGAACUGCUGAAUAGCAAAAGGUUAGAAAGAAAUCUCCAGCUAGUAAAGAACACCUAUGGCGAGUUUUACAAGAAUCAGCUGAAUGUUUAGAGAACUAAUUGUGCAGAUGCCAAGUGUGCGUAAGGCUGUUGUUCAUGCUAGGUAAGUAUUUAUGAAUGAAAAUAAAGUUGCACAUUUGUACAUUUCUAUACAUAUGUGUUGCAUGUAAACAGAAGGAACAUGCAAGUGUCUCAAAAUAAUAAAAGGUGUUUUAGAGACACUGUACAAAUUGCCAGGUCACACACAAUCACAUGCCUCCUUAACCACAUUCUUUAUGACAGCCUUAAAUGCAUUGAUUGAUAGAAAUAAAGUCAAGUUCAAAUCUAUUUGGGAAUGAAUCCAUGGCCAAUGUGCAAACUCAGUUUUCCCCCAGAGCUGUCAAGACCUGGGGUACAUCAAAAAGCAAUCAACACGAGAGCUAAAACAAAGAAGGUCAAAAGGGGAGGCUCAAAAUUGACUUUGUAUAACUUAAAUAAAAAAUAUACCAGUGCUGAUUUCUACAUUCAGUCAGAUUGCAGCCUGAACUCAGACUCUCUUGCGAAUGAAUGAAUGAAUGCUGUGACACCAUAAGCAUUUUUAGAUUUCCUAAAACCAACUGCAGCUCUCUUGUGCUUUAGCCAAUGUUGAUUUCAUUCAUUAUUCUCGACUUUAAGCUCAUAAUCAAUGUUUUUUUUUAUCUAGCAUUACCUGGUUAAAAAACUGUUUCUUACCACCAGACCUCACAUGAUGGCUACUCUUUACCUAUAUUUGUAUAGCCUAUACCUAUAAUUGUGUAUACUAGAAAGCAGGCUGAAGAUCUUAUUGAAAUGUGAGUAUUAAAAUCAUCCGAAUUACUUAUAGAUGUCUUGGGAUGAAUAUAUCUAUUUUUAUCUGAAGGUAUUUCACUAUUGUGUCAAAUAUGUUUAGGUUUAGAUCAGCAUUUCCCGAUCCUUUGUUCUCGAAGUCCCUCUGCUCUGUUCCCAGUUUUUUUCACUCUCUAGCUACUUAACAAACCCUCCAUGAGGUAAAACUCACUCAUGUAGUACAGGGAUACUUCGAGACCAGGAUUUGGGAACACUGGUUUCCCAGAUUACAAGAAAAACAGAUAAGUAUUUAGGACUCUUAUUUGUAGGUGACACCAAAGUAGCCGAAUCCAGUUCAACUGUGUUGUUACUCUCUGAAAGCACUGACUGACUAGAAUCAGUGGGCAAGUUGUUGUUGUUGAGGGCUUUUUUUUUUUUGUUAGAUUUUUUUUUAUAAUUGUUUUGUAAAUGAUUUUGUUGCCUGACUCAUGUCGCUCAAAGACAAGAUCCUCACUCGGGGAAGUGCCUUGACAUUCAGUUGUGUGACAUCUCUCUUAUGGCAAUAGUUGAAUCAAACUCUUGCCGCAGAAAAAGACUCGGGGCCUUUGAUCAAUUUCUGAUUGUGAUUUGUCCUGAUGUGACUUCUGAAAUUCAAUUCUUGCACUUAAUUUUCUUGUUUUUCAUUUUUUUUCGAUCACUGAAGUCAGGACAUUUUGAAGAAGAGGUUCACAAGAUUAGGACAAUUCAAAAAAAUGCGAUUGAUCCGAGUCCAGACAUGCUUCUGCCAGUAUGUAUUACAUGGGGGUACUUCUGCUCAUUAUUUACUCAAUAUGUGCAAUCUGAGCUGAUGGAUUCACCACAUAGAUCAACCUCAAUCUAAGCCAAUGGUUUUGAAGUGAUACUGCCUAUAUUUUUAUUUGGGUUUUUUUUGUGUUGUGAAAGUACGCAAGAGUUAUUUUCCAAUCGGUUUACAAAAAGAGUAUACAUUUUUAAACACAUAAUAUCUGAAUGUUUACAGUAAUCUGUUUCUGUUUUACUUAACUGAGGAAAAAAAAUAUCUGUGGGCAUUUGAAAUCUUUAAGAUGAAAAUAAAGCACAAUAAUUUUACAGCUUGUGGUGCCUUUUUUUUUUCUUUUUUUUUUUUCCCCUUCAGGUGUUUUAAAUACAUACAGCAGGUACUGCAGAUCUCCAAAUAUUAAUUCUUGGGGACCUACCAAGCUUCUAUGAGCAGUCGCUCUGCAUUGUAAGGGUUAUCAUGGAGAAUAAUAGUGGUAUCUCCACUCCUAUUUUUUGGAGAGGAUGCACCUGGGAAAGCGCA